AUGACAAACCGGACCACAGUAAGGGAAUUCAUAUUGCUGGGGCUGACCGACAUCUUUCCCCUUGAGGUUAGCCUUUUUAUCCUGCUGUUUGGAAUUUAUCUUUUGACUUUAAUAGGAAACAUGCUGAUUAUUAUUAUCACACAGGUGAAUGUUCAGUUCUGUAGCCCUAUGUAUUUCUUCCUCCGAUAUUUGGCAUGGGUAGAUAUUGGAUAUAUGAGUACUGUAAUUCCCAAAGCACUAGUCAACAUAGCUACUGGGAGUAAGAGCAUCUCUUUAGUUGGUUGCUUCAUACAGACAUUUCUGUAUUUGGCUCUUGGUACCACUGAGUUCCUCUUACUGGCCACAAUGUCGGUUGAUCGAUACAUAGCCAUCUGUCACCCUCUUCACUACCCAACCAUCAUGAAUCCUCAAAUUUGCUCAUUGUUGGUCAUUUGUUGCUUGGCUGGGGGAAUAUCACUUAUUCUACCUUCAUCCAUUUAUUUUUUUCUGAUGCCAUUUUGUGGGUCUAAUGUCAUGAAUCAUUUCUUUUGUGACAGUGGGCCCUUAAUGAAACUGGUAUGUGUUGACACCAGUUUCCUAGAGACGAUUAGUUUUUUGAUUGCCGUAUUCUCUCUCCUUGGGACCUUAAGUGUCAACAUUGUCUCUUACGUCAAAAUCGUUUCCACCAUUCUGCGCAUCCCAUCCACCACAGGGAGGAAGAAGACCUUCUCCACUUGUGCUUCCCACAUGACCGUGGUCACCCUCGCUUACAGCAGUUGCAUUUUCAUGUACAUCAAGCUUAAAGGCACCAUUGGAUUGGAUUACAACAAAAUGGUGGCUCUUCUGAAUACUGUUAUGGUUCCUCUUCUCAUCCCAAUCAUAUACUGUUUGAGAAACAGACAAGUGCAAGAUGCUUUGAAGGCUGAAUUGAGAAAAUGGGUUGGGUCUAAUAUUCCUAAUAAGAACGAUUCAAGAUUCAAUUCUAUCUUUUGCGCUGUAAAGGAAUCAAAAGAGAAUUUGGAACCAUCUCAGAAAAACAGACUGGAGAAAACAGAACAAAGGUGA